UUCUACAAUGGCACGUUUCCGCAAACAGUCAUUUCAAGCCGAAAGUAUAUAUAAUUAUAUUAAAUGAGUUAACAACACUGGAAUUAGUUAUUCUCUGCUGAUGACGCUUCUUGUUCCAUGCGCAGCUUUGUUUUAGACGAGGGGCAUCUGGGAUCUGGAAAUUAGAUGCAAGUCAGUUUUUUUUUUUUAUUCCUCCCUCUCUUAGAAUUUCCUUCUUUUUUUUCCCCCCUCCAGCUGGUGUAAUUUAUUUCCACAACCUCCCAGACCAAGAUAACCUGUUCAGUCAGCUGGAGCCCCCUGCGGACAGCUGUCUCUCUUUUAGCUGAUGGAAAACUGCCACUAGCAAGUGAAUGGGAUCUCUGUGGUGCAGAAUUCACAAUACAUGCAUCAGCAGUAGCAGCAGAAGCAUCAGCAGCAGCAGCAGCUCUGUGUUCUAUUGUUCCAUGGUCUUAAAUGGUUUCUCCUUGGCGGCUGGCAUGCACAAUAGCCGGAGAGAGCUCCCCGUUCCUUAGGACUUAAAAAGAAGAGGAAAACUGAGGAGGAAGACAGCCUCUGAAGUGGGUCGUUGAUUGUAUUCACGCUGCAACAAAUUAUCCCCCUUUCCGAAGGCAUGGAUCUGGCAGGGAGAUGCUCUGCUUUACCUGGUUCUUUCUGUGGAGUGGUUGCCCUUCUCCUGGUUGGUUUAUGGAGCGCAGAUUCACAGGGCGAGCAAGACAGUAAAUCCAUAUAUGUAUGGAAGACAGGUCCCUGGGGCAGGUGUAUGGGCGAUGAAUGUGGACCCGGUGGUAUUCAGACAAGGGCGGUGUGGUGUGCCCACAUCGAGGGUUGGACCACCCUACCCACGAACUGUAAACAGACCGACAGACCUGAAAACCAGCAAAACUGCUUCAGGGUUUGUGACUGGCAUAAAGAGCUUUAUGACUGGAAGCUGGGCAGCUGGAAUCAGUGUACGCCAGUCACCUCCAGGGUAUCAGAAAAGCCAACGGAGUGCACAAAGGGUGAGGAAGGGGUUCAGUCGAGAGAGGUCGUCUGUCUACAGAAAGCCACUGAAGCGGAAGCAGACGAUAGUAUAUGUGAAUACUUUGAGCCCAAACCUAGGCUAGAACAAGGAUGUCUUAUUCCAUGUCCUCAGGAUUGCAUUGUGUCGGAAUUCUCUUCUUGGUCGGAAUGCUCCAAGUCAUGCGGCAAUGGAUUACAACACCGGACGCGGCAUGUAGUGGCCAUGGCUCAGUUUGGCGGGUCGGCCUGCCCCAACCUGACGGAGUUUCAGGUCUGUCAAAUGUCUCCAUGCCAAGGGGAAGAAAAUAUGUACAGCCUAAACGUUGGGCCCUGGAGCUCCUGCUCCUUACCUCUUUCUAGACAUGUGAGGCAGGCUGGGAAGAGGGGGAAAAAUAGGGAACGGGCAAAAGAGAGGGACAAGACCGUGAAGGAUCCCGAGGCCCGGGAACUAAUUAAGAAGAAGAGGAACCGCAAUAGAAAAAAUCGUCAGGAGAACAGAUACUGGGAUAUACAAAUUGGGUAUCAGACACGGCUUGUGACCUGUAUGCACAAAAAUGGAAAGACUGCUGCACUGAGCUUCUGUCAGCAAGAGAAACUGCCGAUCACUUUCCAGUCGUGUGUGAUUGACAAAGAGUGUGAAGUAUCAGAGUGGUUGGAAUGGAGCUCUUGUUCGACGUCAUGUGAGUCGGCAACGCCGAGCGGUCAUCGCAGCAGGAGGAGGACCAUUAAGCAGUUUCCGAUUGGCAAAGCAAACGAAUGUGAAGAGCUGGAAGAAAAAGAAGUGUGCACUCCACCGGCGGAUGGACCUCACGUCUGCAUAAAGUAUGCCUGGAGAGCCACAGAAUGGACAGAGUGCCGCAUUGACCCCCUACUUAGUCAGCAAGAUAAGAGGAGGGGGAACCAGACAGCAUUGUGCGGUGGAGGAAUUCAGACACGGGAAAUCUACUGUGUACAAGCAAAUGAAAAUCUUCUCUCAUACCUCAGCACAGUAAAAGAUAAAGACGACAGCCAUGCCCACGGCACAUCAAAGGCCAGCGAGGCGCCUUUCCUGUCCAUCACUUUUGAAAUAACAGCGUCCAAGCCAGUAGAUGCCAAGCUGUGUACUGACCCCUCACUGAGUACCAGCCAGCUGUGCCAUGUGCCGUGCCCAACAGAGUGUGACGUCUCCGCUUGGUCAGCCUGGGGUCCGUGUACAUUUGAGAGCUGUGAAGACCAGCAGAGUAAGAAGGGUUUCAAGCUUAGGAAACGUUACAUCUCCAAUGAGCCCACUGGUGGGACUGGGAGCUGUCCACAUUUAGUAGAGGCCAUUCCGUGUGAAGAACCGUCCUGCUACGACUGGCGAUUGGAUAGACUGGAAGAAUGUAUCCCUGACAACGGGAAUAACUGCGGAACCGGCACUCAAGUACCUGUAGUUACAUGUAUCACCAGUGACGGGGAAGAGGUGGACAGACAACUGUGCAGAGAUGCCAUAUACCCAAUCCCUAUUGUCUGCGAGAUUCCGUGCCCCAAAGAUUGCGUUCUCAGCCCUUGGUCGGAAUGGUCUUCUUGCUCACAUACCUGUUCUGGGAAGACGACGGAAGGGCGACAGACACGAGCCAGAGCUGUUCUUGCCUAUCCUGGCGACGGAGGUGUGCAGUGCCCGGAGAGUAACGCUCUGCAGGAGAUUCGGAGCUGCAAUGAGCAUCCUUGCACGGUAUAUCACUGGCAGACAGGCCCCUGGGGCCAGUGCACUGAAGAUGUUACUGUCUCUGUCUUUAACUCUUCAAGCUGGAAUGGUGAAGCUGCCUGUGCUCUCGGGAUGCAAACAAGAAAAGUCAUCUGUGUUAGAGUCAAUGUGGGACAGGUUGGACCUAAGAAAUGCCCCGAAAGUCUUCGGCCUGAGACCAUGAGGCCGUGUUUGUUGCCCUGUCGCAAAGACUGUAUUGUUACCCCCUACAGUGACUGGACGCCAUGCCCCACUUCUUGUCAAGAAGGAGCAGUGGGUGUUAUAAUAAAGCAGUCCCGCCACCGUGUCAUUAUCCAGUACCCGUCCUACGGAGGCCGGGACUGUCCGGAUACUUUAUAUGAGGAGAAUGAGUGCGAAUCUCCUGCCGCCUGUCACUCUUACAGGUGGAAGACGCAUAAGUGGAGGAGAUGCCAGAUGGUUCCGUGGUACGUCAGACAAGACAGUCCUGGGGCCUACGAGACCUGUGGACCGGGACUUCAAGCAAGAGCCAUUACAUGUCGCAGACAAGAUGGAGUGCAAUCAGACAUCACAGAAUGCCUCAACCAUGCCGGUCCACUGCCAGCGUUAACCCAGCCCUGCCAGAUACUGUGCCAGGAUGACUGCCAGUUUACCAGCUGGUCCAAAUUCUCAUCGUGUAACGGCGACUGUGGUGCAGUCAGGACCAGAAAACGUGCUCUCCUGGGAAAGAGUAAGAAGAAAGACAAAUGCAAGAAUUCCCAGGUGUACCCGGUGAUUGAGACGCAGUUCUGCCCAUGCGAUAAGUAUAAUGCGCAGCCGGUGGGGAACUGGUCAGACUGCGUCCUACCUGAAGGGAAAGUGGAGGCUCUGCUAGGAAUGAAAGUACAAGGAGACAUCAAGGAGUGCGGACAGGGAUAUCGCUACCAAGCCAUGGCAUGCUAUGACCAGAAUAACCGUCUGGUGGAGACAUCCAGGUGUAACAGUCAUGGUUACAUAGAAGAAGCGUGUAUUAUUCCCUGCCCCUCCGACUGCAAGCUCAGCGAAUGGUCCAACUGGUCGCGAUGUAGUAAGUCCUGCGGAAGUGGAGUCAAAGUUCGAUCCAAGUGGCUCCGGGAGAAGCCGUAUAAUGGGGGAAGGCCUUGUCCAAAGCUGGACCAUGUAAAUCAGGUAUCUGUGUAUGAAGUGGUUCCGUGUCACAGUGACUGCAAUCAGUACGUCUGGAUUACAGAACCGUGGAGUAUAUGUAAAGUCACAAACGUUGACCUUAAGCAGAACUGUGGAGAAGGGGUCCAGACUAAGAAAGUACGGUGUAUGCAGAACACGGUGGAUGGCCCUGCAGACGUCGUUGAAGACUAUCUUUGUGAGCCAGAAGAAAUGCCUCUCGGAGCAAGAAACUGCAAGCUGCCGUGUCCCGAGGAUUGCGUCAUGUCAGAGUGGAGCCCGUGGAGCAAAUGUCCUUUGCCUUGUGAUGGGACCGGCAUCCGUGAGCGCUCAGCAACGCCCAUCCGGCAGGCGGAGGAGGGUAAAACCUGCCACACCGCCAGUGAGACGGAGGCCUGCAUUCUGAACAAGAACUGUUACCAUUAUGAAUACAAUGUGACCGAUUGGAGCACGUGUCAGCUGAGUGAAAAGGCUGUUUGUGGGAACGGAAUCAAAACCAGGAUGCUGGACUGUGUCCGCAGCGAUGCCAAAUCUGUAGCUCUGACGGACUGUGAGGAGCUGGGACUGGAGAAGAUAUGGCAGAUGAACACUUCCUGUGUGCUGGAAUGCCCGGUAAAUUGUCAGCUCUCCGAUUGGUCGCCUUGGUCUGAAUGCUCGAGAGACUGCGGCCUUGCAGGGAAAAUGAAACGGAAAAGGACUGUGAUCCAGCCAUCCCAAGGCGAUGGGAGACCUUGUCCUUCUCAGAUGGAGCAAGCCAAGCCGUGCCCUGUGAAGCCGUGUUACAGAUGGCAGUAUGGACGCUGGUCCCUGUGUACAGUGGAGGACGCUCAGUGUGGGGAGGGCACCAGGUUCAGGAACAUUUCCUGUGUGGUGUAUGAUGGAUCUCGGGAAGACUCUGGAAAGGUGGUGGAUGAGGAAUUCUGUGGGGACAUAGAACUGCUGGUCAGCGGAGACAAGAACAUUGUGCUUGAGGAGUCCUGCACUUUGCCCUGUCCAGGUGACUGCUAUUUGAAUGAGUGGUCUGAAUGGAGUUUAUGCCAGCUGACUUGCGUCAAUGGACAAGACCUGGGCUUUCCAGGGGUAAAGGUGCGAUCAAGGGCAGUAAUAAUCCAGGAGAUGGAAAACCAACAUCUUUGCCCAGAGCAAAUUUUGGAAACGAAACCAUGUGAAGAUGGACAGUGCUUUGAAUACAAAUGGUUAGCCAGUCCGUGGAAGGGAUCUUCUCGAACAGUUUGGUGUCAGAGAUCAGACGGCUUUAAUGUGACAGGAGGCUGUUUUCAGGUGCACAGACCGGAGAAUGAAAGGACGUGCAGUCCUCCGUGCACCCAGCAACACUCAUACUGUACUGAGACGGGAUCCUGCGGCUGUGAAGACGGCUACACUGAAGUGACCUCGUCAGAUGGGACGCUGGAUCAGUGUACCCUAAUUCCUGUAGUGGUCAUACCCACCAUUGCAGACAAGAAGGGCGACGUAAAAACCAGCCGAGCCAUGAACCCAACCCAGCCGUCCAGCAGCCAGUCGGGUUAUGGAGGAAGGACAUGGUUUUUGCAACCGUUUGGCUCAGAUGGGAAACUGAAGACCUGGGUGUAUGGGGUAGCAGCAGGUGCCUUUGUUUUGCUCUUAUUUGUGGUAUCUAUGAUCUAUCUGGCAUGUAAAAAGCCCAAAAAACCACCAAGAAGACAAAACAACCGCCUGAAACCACUAACGUUGGCUUACGAUGGAGACGCGGACAUGUAAAACAGCCAAUGCUGAAAGAAUAUACAUUCCUUCUCCGGUGUCUCAGAAACGUGCAACAUAAAGAAUGUUUUUAAGGAUGAACUCAAUGGCGGAGAUUUAAGCACAGUCUAGAAUAAUGCAACGUAACUUCACUGAGUAUUCUUCAACCCCACAAAACCACAAACUGGAAUCCGUUUCAUUCUAGAUGUAUAUAUUAAAUGGUCUGGCGCAAGACCUGACGUAUUAACCUCAUGUAACCAGUCCUUACGAACUAAUACCAUAGUCUCAGCAGUCAACCGUAUGGCCAUGUAAAAAAAAACGUUGCUCUUUCGUGGCAAAUAAUGGGGUUCGCUGUAAAUAACACCAUAUUGAAGACUGAUCUAUGAAGACACUCACAGUCCAAGCAGUUUACAACAUGUAUUCCGUCAGAGUUUAAGGAUAAAAUAUGGGACCGCAGGACCAAUCGUACCCAAAGCUGCUGUGCCACAGUACACGUGACCGUGUCCUGAAUUGCAGUAUUUUGUAGUAACUAUUCUCGGAAGCGAAACGCGUGUAAAUCAGAUCAUGUUUCUACUUUCUCUAUCUCUCCUAAUGCUGCCUACAUCUUUUGCUGUAUGUAAGGCAGGACAUGCACUAUAUUAGUGCAGCAUGUUAUGCACUUAACUAGUAUUGCCAUAGAAAAUGCCUCUUUUCAUACGGACGGUGUCUUGUGCAAGAAGCGUCAAGUAGACAUUUGACAAUGGAGAAAAGAAAAAAAAAAGAGAGAGACUAAAAUCAGGAUGAAAGUAGAGUUUUGAGACGGGAUCAAAUAUCUGUACAUAAAUCUGCUGUUUUCUAGUUAGAUGAAGUUGUGUCUCGUUCCCUUGAGAGCCCCUUCCCCCCUUUCUUAUUUAUAUUUAAUACAGACCCUUAAGUUAUUUCAUUACGUAUUCUUGCAGUUUGUCUGUACCGUAAACAGAGAAAAGCACUACCCCGCAAGGAAGACCUUGUACUGCCACCGGAUAUUUUUGUUAUGUUACAGUGAAGCAUUUUUGAUAAAGAUGCAAAAGCCAAA